AUGGCUCGUUUCACAUCAAUCGGAAUGGGUCGAAAGAAAUUCGUCCAGUCAGCCGCAGAAGAAGCUCAGCAAUCGACCGAAGCUGGCCCUUCCACAUCUAACAACGCCACCGCGGGCGAGGGACAGGCUAGUGGUAUCGAGAAGAAGAAGAAGAAGCGAAGAGGGAGGGAAAGGGUGAAAGAUGAGACCGGCAAGAGGAUAGCGAUAGGAGAGAAGAAAGGUCCUGAUGCAAAGAAGAGUACUUGGGGGAAGGAUGAAGGUAUAUCCAGACGAGCCAAAUUAUCUGCUAAACAUGCUGAAGAACGACGUCAGAAGAGGAACGAACAGCGAAAUGCCAAUGUAACCUGUUUCGCAUGUCGGGGUGUUGGACAUGCGUCGAAAGAUUGUCCGAAUGUGUUGCUAGGCGCUGCACCAGGGGAAGAAGGAGAAGGAAAUGGCGGGAUGAAGAGAAAAGGUGGGAAAGCUGGUUCUCAAGUAACAGGAGGAGGCAAAUGUUAUCGAUGCAAUUCAAAUGAUCAUUCCCUGCACGAUUGUCCUGAGCCUAUCGAUUCUACCAACCCCACACCAUUCGCAACAUGUUACAUCUGCCUGGGUACUGGCCACUUAUCUUCUGGAUGUCCCUCCAACGGCGGAAAGGGGAUCUACGUCAACGGUGGAUGCUGCAAGGUCUGUAAAUCAGUCGAACAUCGUGCUAAAGACUGUCCCGAUGAUCCAAGGCGUCAAGCGACCUCCUCGUCGGCAGACGCCCCUGGCGAAUACAGGAAAAGGGGGGAGAUAGUCUUAGGCGUGGGUCAAGGUGCGGGAGCGGACGAAGAUGAUUUUAUGGUAGAAUCCAGAGAAAAUCUAUCUCAAGGUUCUAACAAUGCGAAGGGAAAGAGGAAGAAACAUCUACCAGCAAGAAACAGUGAGAGACCCAUGAAGAGAUUGAGAGAGGUCGAUCCGAUAACGGGCGACCUGGGUGAGAGGUUACCUGGAGGAUACGAAGGUCCGCCUGAAGGUCAGAGAGAAGGUCAAGGUCAACAGCAACAUCAGGAAGAGGAGAAAUUACCUUUGACAGCUAGGAAGAUGCCCGGACAGAAAGGGCAACUACAGCAUCAAUCUAAGGCUAAGGUGGUAUCUUUCUAG